ACCAAUGAAACCAAGGUAAAAAAUAGGACAGAGUAAGAAGCUGAAUAACCAGGCUUGUCAUAGUCCUAGUGUCAUUCUGCCAUGUCUAAUCAAUGGCUUUCUCGUUCAUUGCUAUUUUCUUUCCUCCUUCAUUUAGGCAUUUCGUCGAACACCUUCUCAGCAUUGGCUCAAAUUUACACCAUUGAAGUUGUCAAUGAGUAUCCUCAUGAUCCCAGAGCUUUUACAGAGGGACUUCUAUAUGAAGGAAAUAACACUCUUUAUGAAUCAACUGGUCUAUAUGGAGAGUCUUCAGUGAGGAGAGUUAAUCUACAAACUGGAAAGGUCGAGGCAUUUCUGGAUAUGUCUUCUUCUUAUUUUGGGGAAGGAUUAACUUUGGUUGGUGAAAGGCUGUAUCAACUAACUUAUGAUCAGAACACUGGUUUCAUUUACGACAGAACAACCUUGAGCAAAAUAGGAAUAUUUAAUCACCAAAUGAAGGAUGGAUGGGGACUGACAACUGAUGGGAAAAUCAUGUUUGGAAGUGAUGGUUCAUCAACAUUAUACCAUAUCGAUCCCCAUACAAUGAAAGUGAUAAAGAGGCAGAAUGUCAGAUACAAAGAUCUUGACGUACAUUACCUAAAUGAGUUGGAGUAUGUUCAUGGGGAAGUCUGGGCAAAUGUUUUUCGGACUGACUGCAUUAUAAGAAUAUCGCCUGAGGAUGGUACAGUGCUAGGCUGGAUCCUUCUUCCCAUGUUGAGAGAAAGAUUGGAAGCAGCUGGUGAAAUAGAAUUUGAAGACGUCUUGAAUGGCAUCGCAUGGGACAAUGAUGAAAAGCGCAUAUUUGUAACUGGAAAGCUGUGGCCAAAGUUAUAUGAGAUCAAGGUGCAUUCAUCGAAUGAUCAUUCUCAAGUUGAUAUUGAACGGACGUGCAUCCAAAUGCCCGCCAGCCUUGAAGGCAUGAAGUAGCAGCAGUCACAAGGAUUACUAGUACUUAUUGAUAGUUUCUUUGAUGUCCAAACAAAACUUCGCCUAUGAAGUUGGUGAUUUUCUGAUUGAACUCUUAAUGUACAAGAGAAGUAUUUUCGAGCAAGCAACCUAGCAGAAUCUUAUCAUUAGACAGAAACGAAAACAGGACGAAAUAAUAUGGCUUGGAAACUUAAUUUAAUGGUGUAUUGAGAGGCAUUAGACUAGCUCAGGAUUUCAGUUUUGUAAAAUUAAUUUCAAUUCAGCAAAAAUAAUUUCAUUUAAGUAAAUAUAAUUUCAGUUCAGUAAAGGUGUAGUGAACUGGGCCUAACAAUAGGAUUCUAAGCAAAAUAAGAGAAACAAU